UUCCACGUCACCCAGUUUUCUUUAAAGUCCCCCCGUGGUUCGCCGGUUCCCGGUGCAGUUGCCGUCCUGUCUGCAGGGGGGGAAAGGUGAGCGCCAGUCGCAGUCCUACAACUGUCCCCUCUCUGACUCGCCCAGAUGUCGGUGGCCGCCAGUUCCAAGCUGAACAAGGCUCUGAGAGAGCAUUACCUGAACCUGCCCCAGGGCAGCAAUGUACAGGCGACCUAUAUCUGGAUCGAUGGCACGGGAGAACAUCUUCGCUCGAAAACCAAGACCCUGGACUGUGAACCGCAUGCUUUGAAAGACAUCCCCGUGUGGAAUUUCGAUGGCUCCAGCACCGCCCAGGCGGAGGGCUCCAACAGCGAUAUGUUUCUGAUUCCAGUCCGUAUCUUCCGAGAUCCCUUCGCACUGAAUCCGAACAAACUUGUACUCUGCGAAGUUCUCAAGUACAAUCAAAAGCCGGCAGAUUCCAACCUGAGGCAUACAUGUUUUCAGGCGAUGGAACAGGCGAGAGACACUCACCCCUGGUUCGGCUUGGAACAGGAGUACUCACUCUUAGGAAUCGAUGGACAUCCGUAUAGUUGGCCGCAAAACGGAUUUCCGGGACCGCAAGGACCAUACUAUUGUGGUGUUGGAGCAGAUAAGGUCUAUGGUAGAGAUAUAGUAGAAGCUCACUAUAAAGCCUGCUUCUACGCUGGAGUGAAGAUUGCAGGCACCAAUGCUGAAGUCAUGCCAUCGCAGUGGGAAUUUCAGGUGGGGCCAUGUGAGGGGAUUGAAAUGGGAGAUCACUUGUGGAUGGCCAGAUACAUCCUUCAUCGCAUCUGUGAAGACUUUGGAGUUGUAGCCACACUUGAUCCAAAGCCAAUAACUGGAAACUGGAAUGGAGCUGGAUGCCAUGCCAACUUCAGCACUGAGGACAUGCGCAAUCCAGGUGGACUCAAGUACAUUGAAGAAGCAAUUGAAAAGCUGAGCAAGAGGCACCAAUAUCACAUCCGCAAAUACGAUCCAAGAGGAGGCAAGGAUAAUUGUCGGAGACUGACUGGCCAACACGAAACUUCAAAUAUCAAUGACUUCUCGGCUGGAGUAGCAAACCGUGGUGCCAGCAUUAGAAUCCCACGCGAGGUUGGGCAAAUUCAAUGCGGAUACUUUGAGGAUAGAAGACCAGCUGCAAAUUGUGACCCUUAUGCAGUAACUGAAGCUCUGAUCAGGACCUGUAUCUUGAAUGAAACUGGGAAUUGAACUGAAAAUUAGAUAAAGAAUAGAACUAAGUAAUGGGCUUUGGAGCUAAGGGGAUCUUGGGUACCCAUGGGCUGAGCAAUAUUUUUGAACCUAUCAAUAAAGGUUUUCCUUGUCUUUUAAAAAUAAAUGGCACUAUUUCUAUGUAAAUUGUUGUUUACUACUCUUUGGAGCAGUACAUCCAAAUAGGUUGUAUUUAAUCUUUCCACUUAUCAAUUUUGAUAGGAAUUAAUUUGUAGGGUCCCUCUGCACUACUAUAACAAGGAGUGACAUCUGUCAUAUUUGCUGGAGGAAAAUGUAUAUCUCUGGAAUAGUGCUUGAGUUUGAAACUGCUCUUUUCAGUCUGUACAAAGUCUUGCCUUGAGUUUGUGCUUUGAGUUAGAACCUUCAAAGUAGUUCAUUCUAAUACGUAAUUUAAUGAAAUAAAAUACGUUGGACAGACA